AUGGGCGACCUCCUUCGAAAGGGUGCCAAACCAGACGCACGUGCGUCGCCAAUGAAUGAUUAUCAUAUCAUUCGCUCAGAUGCAGAGCGCCAAUGGGGAGCCUGCAUGGACUUCGGGCCAAUACCCCGGGGUUACCAUUACCGCGUAAUAGGCAUGUGUCAUAUGAGUUUUGUGAUAUUUGAUCGCGAUGAGGAAAGCUAUUCUCAAGUCUUCAAUGACCGAGGUAUACAUGGUCAUUUGGGUCGCCCUGAAUCCUGUUACGGAGAGGCACUACCGAAAAAUUUGCAGCGCCGCCUCGAUAUCUGCGGAAAGCGCACGGUCUCCGCGGGUUGGGUCAACUUGAGGAUGGUCUUCGAGCGAGACAGCGGCUCCACCUCUGCAGCUGGCGACGGAUUCGCUACCGUUGUGGACCUGGUGGAUCUAGAGGUGGAGGAGGCAUUGAGAGGAGGUGGGAGUCGGCGGUGA